UAUCUCAAAAACCCUAAGGGCAGAAUCGAGCGGAGUAUAAAUAGCAUUUCUCCUCUACUCGUUUUUCCUCCAUUCGCUCGCCUCGUUCAUCUAGACACACAGAAAUGGUGUCACUGAAGCUACAGAAGCGGCUCGCCGCCAGCGUGCUCAAGUGCGGCAAGGGCAAGGUCUGGCUUGACCCUAAUGAAGUUAACGAAAUCUCCAUGGCUAACUCUCGACAAAACAUCAGGAAACUGGUCAAGGAUGGAUUCAUUAUCAGGAAGCCCACCAAGAUUCAUUCACGAUCCCGUGCUCGUCGAAUGAAAGAGGCCAAGAGGAAGGGUCGUCACUCUGGAUAUGGUAAAAGAAAGGGUACCAGGGAGGCAAGGCUGCCCACAAAAAUUCUUUGGAUGAGGAGAAUGAGGGUGCUGAGACGUUUGCUGAGAAAAUAUAGGGAGGCCAAGAAGAUUGACAAGCACAUGUAUCAUGACAUGUACAUGAAGGUCAAGGGUAAUGUUUUCAAGAAUAAGCGUGUUCUCAUGGAGAGCAUCCACAAGUCUAAGGCUGAGAAGGCUAGGGAGAAGACCUUGUCCGAUCAGUUUGAGGCUAAGAGAGCUAAGAACAAAGCUAGCAGGGAAAGAAAGUUUGCAAGAAGAGAGGAAAGGCUUGCCCAGGUACAACUUUUUGUUGAAUAUCUUUUUCCCUGUCUUUCUAACUCCAUGGAUUGGAACAUGUGCCCGGCUGUUAGUAUAUUUUGUAGAUGUAUCACGCAUCUACGAGUGGUAUGAAUCUGGAAUUGUGCAUCUAACAUUUUAUCCCGAUUUUCUUAUUGACAUUUCGUGCAUGAAUGCAGGGACCGGGUGAGAAAGUAGCACCGCCACCAGCUGCAGCUGCUCCUGUGCCUGUAUCUCAGCCAGCUCAGUAAGUGACUUGUAUAUACUCUUCACUGUAAUUGGUUUAUUACAUAUACAAUCUAUUUCGACUAACUGUCUCCAACAUUAUUAUGAUGCAGGGGUGCUAAGAAAGCUAAGAAGUGAGAUUGUAGUUGAUUGGUGCUUGGUGGUGUUCUACGCCAUCUCGAUGGUUUUGUUAGUAUCACAAACUAGUGUUUUUUUAUCUCUCCGUUCUCUUGUCGUUAUCACAUAACUAUGCUCCCUAAUGCAAGGAUUAUUGAUACGCAACUUUUGUUUUGUUUGGACUAUGUUGCUUGACCAAGUACAUUUCUCUGUUUUCCAUAUAAAAUUGUCAAUGUAAGUUUGCAUAUCUGUAAAAGUGCCUUAUUUUCUUUUAA